AGAGAUAGUGAGGAGCUGAUAGGGAGGGCAGCUCUGGACACAGGAGCUCACAGGAGUUCACCCCUUUUCCUCCAUCUGGCAGGGAGAAAACAUCCUCCAAAGUAGAAGAGGAAGGACAACGUAGCUCUCAGAAGUGUCUAAGGCCAUUUCAACAGGCGCUGUUUCCCAAAAGAACUGGGGGACAGUGGGAGAACCCUCUGAAGAAGACAAAAAAAGGACACAAGUGGAAUAAGAGAGAGAGAGCUCGAAGUCUAAUACUUGUGAAGAUUCCGGACAACACUGGGGUGAACAAGGCAAGAGUGGAGUGAACCAAGAAUCUGAGGAGCACUUUGGAGACUGGGUGACUUCUCAAGACUGAAAAUUCCCAACUUCUUGAAGCUUUUGAAGCCAGUGAGCCUGGAGACAUCCUCAAUCAACACCUCUGCCAUGCGCCGCUAUCUCGUGAUCAUGGGCAUCGUUCUCGGUCUGCUGCUAGCCCCUGUGGUGGAGGCCCGACGAUGCUACUACUGUGACAUCGCCAAUGUUGAAAACUGCCCGGGUGGCCAGAUAACCUGUGCGGAAAAAGAUGACUGCUACACAGGCCGUGGUGCAGUCCUUGGCCUCCCGAUGAUCAUCACCAAGGGCUGCGUGGAGUCCAGCCAGUGUGGACUAGAGCGACAAUUCACAUAUUUGAACACCAACUACACUCUGCUCACCUACUGCUGUCGUUCAGAGCUGUGCAACAGGGUUAUCCGCAUCCCAAACCAAACUCUGAGUGAUGUCACUUCUGCUACCACCACCAUCCGCUCUGCUAAGACUGUCUUGAUGGUGCUGGUGGUUUUAUUUCUGCUCUGGACAUGGUAAAGGGAUGAAUUCCUGCCUCACUCCAGCCAGGUCUCAUCCUCUGCUCCCUUUCCUCAUGUGAAUUGUGUUAAUAAAGUGGCUGGAUGCAGAUCCAA